AUGGCAUCCGCAUCUCAUUAUUUCCUGAACUCCACCUCAAGUCUAGAGGAAGAUGGUUGGCCUUCGACCCUGCGAGAUCGCCUGCGCGACGACGAUACUCCCGCGACGAGUUCCUCCAUCGGGCCAAUUCCCUACCAGAAUAUCUACCAGCAGGUCCACGCUUGUCUCGGGAAAUCCUUGGAGACUUCAAAGCCCGAAAACAAGGUUGUUCCUGCACCAGAGAGCAAUGAUCAGGCCUCACAACUUCGAGAAUCGUAUGCUCGCAUGGGCAUGUCCCUUCACAGCUCUGCGAUUGAGCACCUCGUAAAGGCGCACACGGAUGUGCAGGCGAAGACCGCCAGCUUCGCGGAGAAAUCCGGUGAGACCUUGUCGCAAUCCAAACAGCUGUACGCCAACAUCGCCUACCCGCUAUCGGCCACACUUUGUCAUCACAAUGACCAUGAAGACCACCCUAGAGCUACUAUUGCCGUUCAUUUGAAGAGGCUCCAGGAAGAAAUCGCUGCCGCCAGAGAAGAGAUUCUUCGUCUCAAGCUCGCCGACCAAGGUGGCCAAGAUGGCGUCGACGAGGAGGUUUUGAAGGUCGCCGAGGACUUCAAGAAACAGGCGGAGGCCAUCGUGGAGGACAAGUGUCGACUCUUGGACGAGGUUGACAAGGAGUUCAAGGCUGAGAUCCAGAACGAGACUUUGAAGAUGAUGCAGGAUCUCUUCGACGAUUGA